AUGGCAACGGAGAGUCUAAUGAGAAUGGUGGAAAACCGUAAAGGUGAAAAGUGGCAUUCUUCGAUGGAUACUGCAACAUUUGGAUCUCCAUUGAGAAGUACGGCAGCAGAAGAAUUGGGCUUCCUCUCGAAGAUGCAUAGAAGUCAGAGAGAUAGAGCUGAAGCCAUACCUAAUCGAAGUGGCAGUGCUCCUCCAAGUAUGGAGGGUUCCUUUUAUGCUAUUGGGAACCUUUUAAGUCAACAGAACUCCAAUGUGCAAACAAGGCCUCCUCCACGCAAUGUUGGUGGUUCCAGCAUCGAUUGGAGAUUGACUUCUUUAGACGACAGUGGCAACGGAUCCUUCCAUCUUUCUCAAGGUUCUCUUUCCACUCACAAGGAGGAGCUUGAUGAGGCUAGUUCAUCCAGGCAAGCUUCAGAUAAUUUGGCAGACAAUAGUGGUUCAGCAGUGGCAGUGAAGAACACUCAUUCUUUGGCUAGUCAUAAUAAGAGUUUACUGGAUCGCAUACAGGAAGACUUCCCCCGAACUCCAUCUCCUGUGUAUAAUCAUUCUGUCUCAUCAAGUAUUGCAACAGAUGAACUGGUUGAUAGUGAUGUACAUUCAUUUUCACCCAAUGCUUCUUCUCCUAAUAUGCCACAAUUACAAGUCUCUAAUCCAGGCUCUACCAACAUAUAUCCGGAGACAAGUUCCUUGACUACCACUUCUCCCAAUGAGACAGGGAACUUGCAUGAUGAUGAAUCAAGUAUUGAGGAUUCAGGGGAGGGGAGUAAUAGAUCCAUCGGUGGAGCCCAUGGGUUAGAUCUUUCCCCAACCAGGUCCGGAAAUAGAGCAUCUAAUAUUGAUAUAAACAAUAACAAACAACAUGAGAAAAAUUCUUAUGGGAUGGGUGUGCUGCAACACCAUUUGUCUACACAACAAGGCAUGCUGUAUCAACUUCAGGCUGUUCAGGACCAAGUAGUUUCACAAGGUAUGAAUCAUUGGCAAAGUAGAAUGGAUCCCCAUGGCUAUCCAAAGUUUUCUUCUAUUGAGUUACAGCCAUCAUUGCAAUCGCCUGGAUUCACACCUCCCUUGUAUGCUACAACAGCAGGGUAUAUGACUUCAGGAAAUGCUUUCUACCCCAAUUUUCAGCCGUCCAGUGUAUAUCCUGCACAAUAUGGUGUCAGUGGAUAUGCUGUGGGUUCUACAAUGAUUCCCCCAUACAUGGCUGCGUACCCUUCUCAUGGUUCCUUUCCUCCGCCUUUUGAUGCUACUUUGGGUCAAAGCUUACAUGGUCGAGCUGCAGGUGUUUCAACAGGGGAGAGAAGUCCCCAUGAAGGUGAUUUGCAUCAGCUAAGCAAGUUUUAUGGGCAACAUGGGCCAAUGCUCCAGCCAUCUUUUCUUGAUCCCUUAAGUAUGCAAUACUAUUCACGUCCCUUGGAUGAUUCAUAUAGUGCUUCAAGUCGGUAUGGUCUUUUAAGUCCAAGGGGUAUUAUUGGAGGCCAGCUUUACCAACAACAAUCAAAUGUUACUGCAUAUGCAGGUGACCAGAAUUUUCUGUCUCCAACUAAUGGGUCUUUGAGCAUUCCAAGUCCAAGAAAAAUGGUAGUCAAUGGUAGUGGUUAUUAUGGUAGUCCUUCUAGCAUGGGUGGCAUGACAUUUCCAGCCUCACCUCUUGGUAGUCCUGUGCCACCAUCAUCUCCAGCAGGCAGAACACAUCACCAUGGUCGGCAAAAUGAAUCGAGGUAUCCUCAAGGAUCGAUUAGGAAUGGUGGACUAUAUUCUGGGUGGCAAGGACAGAGAAGCUUUAAUAACUUUGAGGACUCUAAAAGGCACUCCUUUCUUGAAGAACUGAAAUCCAGUAAUGCCCAUAAAUUUGAACUCUCUGAUAUAGCAGGGCGCAUUGCUGAAUUCAGUGUGGAUCAACACGGGAGUAGAUUUAUUCAGCAAAAGCUCGAACACUGCAGUGACGAAGACAAGGCAUCUGUAUUUAAAGAGGUUCUUCCAACUGCUUCAAGAUUAAUGACUGAUGUAUUUGGGAAUUAUGUUAUUCAAAAGUUUUUUGAGUAUGGGACUCCUGAGCAGAAAAAGGAGCUUGCAGAUCAACUCAGUGGACAGAUGUUGCCUUUAAGUUUGCAGAUGUAUGGUUGUCGUGUGAUCCAGAAGGCUCUUGAAGUGAUUGAGGUUGACCAGAAAACAAAACUUGUGCAUGAGCUUGAUGGACAAGUUAUGAAAUGCGUACGUGAUCAGAAUGGAAAUCAUGUGAUACAGAAGUGUAUAGAAUGCAUUCCUACAGAGAAAAUUGAAUUCAUCAUAUCUUCUUUCCAAGGCGAAGUUGCCACACUUUCUACUCAUCCAUAUGGUUGCCGUGUCAUACAGAGAGUUUUGGAGCGCUGUUCAGAUGAGCUUCAAGGUCAAUGUGUUGUAGAUGAGAUCUUGGAAUCUGCUUAUGUUCUUGCUCAAAACCAGUAUGGCAAUUAUGUCACACAGCAUGUUCUGGAAAGGGGAAAACCCUAUGAAAGAAGCCAAAUUAUCAGCAAGUUGAUUGGGAAAAUUGUGCAAUUGAGUCAGCAUAAAUAUGCAUCAAAUGUUAUUGAAAAGUGUUUAGAGCAUGGUGAUGUUGCUGAGCGAAAGAUUAUGAUUGACGAAAUCAUUGGACAGUUGGAGGAAAAUGAUAACCUAUUGCCAAUGAUGAAGGACCAAUUUGCAAAUUAUGUGAUCCAGAAGGUUCUUGAGACAAGCAACGAGAAGCAGCGGAAGAUACUUCUGAGUCUAAUAAGAGUUCAUCUUGACGCUCUUAAAAAAUAUACCUAUGGAAAACACAUAGUUGUUCGAUUUGAACAACUAUCUGUUGAAGAUAGUCAAAAAUCGGUAGCUGACGAGGCAUAGAAUGGACAAGGAAGACUAAUCUAUUCGGCUUCAAGGCUUGCUUGCGGAUUACUGUAUUAGCCAAAGUACUGCAUUAAAGAGUUUCCGCAAGUAAGAAAACUUGAAAUGAACUUUACAUGGCAUCUAUUGGGAUGCUGGUAGAUGUUAAAUGCUUGUUAAUAUAUAAUGGGUUAGAUAUCAUCAAAAUUGUAUAGUAUAUGUAUUGGCUGGUGUAGGUAUUAGAUGGAGCCUCUUUCAUAGUAAUAUGUGUGCUUUUGGGAUGACAAGAAUACUACAUUGAUAUGUAAUAUGAUGUAAAUAGUUAUAUAUAGCUGUGCAUUAUGUAGUUGCUUAAAAUUUGUGAAACGAGCUUGGCUCUGCAGUGCGCCAGUGCCAAUGUUUUGA